AUGUCAAGAGUCCAUUCUUCGGAUACCCAACCACCACCGGUUUUUCAUGAAAAAGAUGGAGAAGAACAGAGGCCUGUGAUCCCGUAUGCCUUCCUGAUCCUGUCAUUCAUCUGCGUAUGUCUGACGUUUGGCUGCUCGUUGGUCACAUCAAUUACAUCGACGCAAAUACACGAGUAUGGGAAUGGAUCGUUAGAGGAUUUCUAUUCCGAAUGGGAUUUCCGCUACGAUGCCAGCCAAACGUUUGUCAAUUUUACAAUCCAAAAACGCAGUUAUCUAUCAAACCCGCAAAAGGAAAUGCUAAAAGGAGUCGACACGAUUGGGUUCUUAAUUAUGGUCGUGCCGUUGAUCUGUUUUUACAAUAAGUAUGGAUUUUGCCGCGCCUUCCUCCUGGCGGCCAUAUUCUCGAUCGUCCCCUCAUUCUUCCUCCCCACUUCCAUUAAUGUGCAGACAUAUGUGGUCGCGCUGAUGCUCAGGAUAUUACAGGGUAUCGGCUGGAUAUCUGUGGUGCCAUUUAUCGGGAAAAUCUGCUCGUUUAUCGAUUUGCAAGAGAAUCGCUAUACGGCGUGGCUGGCUUUUAGUUAUUUGCAGGCCUCUGCCCUGAUCGUUUUUCCGCUGUCCGGAAUCUUGAUGAGUAGCGGAUUGGGAUGGCACGCUGCGCAUCAUGUUAUUGCCGCGGUCCUUUUCGUGUUGUUAAUCCUCUUUAUGCUGUGCCACUAUUCCGAAGAUUUCAAGUGGGAUGUGGUUGAGAAGAGGUGGAAAGAGGUGGUCCGCGGGCAUUCGAAUGGUUCACAUCUCUUCACGAUGCGCCUACCCUAUUUAUCCAUUUAUCAGGACAUCCAAAUCUGGGUUUGUCUCUUCGCUUCGUCGGCCCAUUUUUCGAUCAUCGCGAUAGCGCUUGAUAUUAUACCGACGUUAUUGAUUAAGAAAGGCCAAGCUAUCAUCGGAAUCCUGACCAUAACGGUCGGGUUGUCCGGAUUUGCGUACGGAGGAGUGUUUCGUAUGGCACAGCUGAGGAGCAAACAAUUCCACGGCUUCAUCCUGAUCCAUCUACUCGUCAGCCAAGUGUUCGCCUUUUUCCUCACUUCCCUAUUGACGGCGCUGAUUUCGCAGAAUAAUGAAUAUACUGCCUGGCGAAAUCUACUGGUAGGUGAAGCGGCAGUGCUGGCUGUGACGGCUUCGCUUUUCUACCUGGCCGCGUCGAAGUCGCCGGCCAACUGGACUAAUGAAGGCUACGAAGACACGUCGAUGCGGCCAAAACGAGACGAUCCACUCCCUCAAUUCCCGCUG